ACGUGGUUUCUACUUGAUGUUGACUUCCGGGUCAAACGUCCUUCGAAUGAAUUUCUUUUAAUCAGCUGAUAAUAAUAAUAAUACAUUUAUAACACUUAAAAUACGUACUUAUAAUGCAUUUCUCAACUGCCAUAUACACACGUAUAUAAACAACACUGUCCUCUAUGAAACAUUUGCAACAUCAGAUGACAGAAGAAGAAUCCUAAAUAUCUACAAGGUUUUAAAGACUAAAGGAAAAUAUUAUACAAAACGGAUAUAUAACAUUGUUUCUACCAAUCUGUCUCUUGAAAAAUAUUUGCUCUGGAAUAAUAAUAUUAGCAACAUUUCUGAGCAUCUCUGACUGGAAUGUCAGGAAAAAGUGCUUGCGUGCUGAUUAAAGUUGGAUAAAUUUAUGGAAGUGUUGCUAAACAACGGUAACACUGGACAGAAAUACAGCAGCAGAAGUGUACGUAAGGAGUAAAGUAUAAAAACGAAAGCAAGAAAAAUAUAUUAACUGGGAUUUGAGAGGAAAAGUAAUAGAAAAGAGAGAGAAAAUUAUAGAAUUGGUUUUCCCCUGAACACAUGAGAAAAUAGACGAGAUCAUAUGACUGUGAUAUCUGUACAAAGUCCUUCUCUCGAAAAAGCAACCUAAUUAUGCACAAACAUACUCAUACAGGUGAGAAAGUGUAUCAUUGUGAUACCUGUGGUGAAUCAUUCUCUAAGGAUAGUAACUUAUCUAGACACAAACGUAUUCAUACGGGAGAGAAACCAUAUCACUGUGAUAUCUGUGAUAGAUCAUUCUCUAGCAGUAGUCACUUAUCUAAACACAAAUAUAUUCAUACAGGAGAGAAGCCAUAUCACUGUGAUAUCUGUGGUAAAUCAUUUUCCCAAAAUAAUGUCUUAACUAUACACAAGACUAUUCAUACAGGUGAGAAGCCAUAUCAUUGUAGUAUCUGUGGUAAAUCAUUUCCUGAAAGUAGUAGUUUAAGUAGGCACAAACGUAUUCAUACAGGAGAGAAGCCAUAUCGUUGUAAUAUCUGUGGUAAAUCAUUCUCUCGAAAUGGGGGCUUGUCUAGACACAAUCAUAUCCAUACGGGAGAGAAGCCAUACCAAUGUGAUAUCUGUGGUAAAUCAUUCUCUUGCGAAUGUACAUUUUCAUGCCACACAAAAUCUACAUCAUGGUCAAAUCUGUUGUAAAUCAUUCUCUCAUAGACUUAACUGUAAAUGAAUAUAUUCCUACAGGAGAGAAGCCAUGUCAGAGUGACAUCUGUGCUAAACCAUUCUCUUGAAAAAAACUACAUUCAUACACCUGGGUAUUCACAACAAUUGUAACUGUACCAAUGUCAGGAUUUAUUAAAACACUAGCAGAGAUACCCGGCAUUGCCCGGUUACAUUCAAUAGAAGAAUUAGACUUUUCUGUUAUAUAUAUAUAUACAUGGAUACACACACACAAAUAUAUGUAUAUUUAUAUAAAUACA